AUCAGUUCGUAUCAGCAGAAACAAUGGACAACGCUCAUUGACGGCGAAAACAUGUCGCACACUGCAAACAAGCGUGAGACAUGCAACGUGACAUACACAUUCUGGACCCAGAUCCAGCCAGCCACCUCACAGCCCCGCAGCGGGGCUGGUGUGUGGCCUUGUCUAUCUCUCUGGGUGUCUAUCUGGUCAGCCGAAAGCUGUUCGCCAUCCGUCGCAGUUUGUCGCUCUCGGCAGCCCACUCGUCUUCCGGCGACACGACAGUGAGGGAAAACAGCUUGUCCCCUCGACACGCGAUGACAGAAAGGUUGUUGUACUCGAAUGGCUGGACAACCCCCCUGACGAUGUACUCAAACAAAUACACCUCCCUGAAACAUCGCACACAAGACACAUCGGUGGGUCAGGUGAACGACCAGCAGCUGUCUCACUGACCCUCCUGGCUCUCUCUGUUCGCUGAGCGCAUCAAUCAGCAUGGCGACUUUGCCUGAGCCCUCUGGCGCUAUCGCCUCGCGCAACAGAGUCUCAGCCGCCUGCAUUCAUACAUAUAUUACCAUGACACAGGUGGCACACGCACACAAAACAGAUGAGGUGUAUUUGCCUGCUUUGGCGGCCCGAGGAGAGAAAAGAAGGCUCGGUCAUCCGUCAGCCUUAAAGUGCUCUUCACCACCGAGACGUUCUCCUGAUACAUCAGGGCAAACAGAGCACCUCCCGUCAAUGUGUGACGUGUUAUCCAUCCAUCCAUCCAUCCGUGUGCUGAAUUCACCUUGGCGUCUCCUCCACCCCCGGGCGGUCCGAAGGCCACAUCGGGUGCCUCGCUUUGUGCAGCAGCCCUCUUAACAGGCCGGCCCUCGUCAAAUGAUGCAGCCAAUGGCCGCCGAGCGGCAUCCUGAACAGUCAAACAACACCAUAGUUGAGCAAACAGGUGUCUGUCCAUCGAUCCAGACAGUCGGCCUUUGCUGUACCUUUGCUGUGUACAGCGCGACGUCUGCUAGCCAAUUUGAUGGGUACAAGAACUCGUUCUUGUAGAGUCAAGUACCCAUCAAAUUGGCUGGAAAUCGACACAGAGGGAGGGAACAAACAGACAACACAAUGUCGCUCAGCGUAACCAUCUUCAAGUAGUGGCUGACGUGUGCCGCUUCUCGUGUGUACCGGUGGGCAGGUCCCAGCCGGUACGAGUACCCAUCCACUUCAUUGACGUACCUGCACGCAGCAACAAGACGGCACUCACAUGUACGGCGCAUCCCUUGCCUCCCUUCUCGGUGUGCUGCUUGCCUUUUAAAUCCAUCAAUGGGGUAGAUCACAUCAAGCCUGAGUUUUCUUGCCUGCUCAGGUGACAGCCGCAGAAGAGCCGAAGUAAUGCCGAACAGAUUGGCACCAAGGGCAACUACCGCGGCGCCCUGUGAGGACGUCAAAGGGGGAAUGAAUGUAAUCCAGCCACCCGCAACCGCCCACUUACCAGAAGCACAAGAAAGCGGCGGCGGGGUGUGAUGCUGUCAGGCUCUGCAGGCACAACACAGGAUUCAUAGAUCUGAUGAAUGAAGAUCUCGAGCAGCACCAAUCUCCUGCAGCAGCCUGUCGUUUCUUCGUUGGCGCAGCUUGACGCUUCUUCUCAUUGGCAGCAGGGGCUGCACAAACAGAGUGGAUCUGAGGAAUGACUCUCCUGCAGCACCAAUCUCCUGCAGCAGCAGCCUGUAGUUUCUUCGUUGUCGCAGCUUGACGCUUCUUGUCAUUGGCAGCAGGGGCUGCACAAACAGAGCGGAUGACGGAGAAAUACGCUGACGGCAUGUCGCCGCCUCAGCAAGGCACGGCAUAG